CACACAGAUACACUGAGUGGAUGAGGAGAAACAGUGAGGGGACGUGAACGCGCCGUUAACUUUGUCUGUGUCCAUGUGAAGAAGGGCUGGACUUUUGCUUUACACUUUACUGCAAAACUGGUGCAUGUGUGUGUGUAUGUGUGUGUGAGUACCUGUGUGUGAAAGCGGCGGGCCGUCGUUGUGGCGGAGGCAGUGGAAGUAAAUGAAAGCGUUGUUUGGAGCCGCUGAACAAAGAGCUUUUCUUCGCUCUGCCAUUGUUACCGAGCAACAGCGCCUGUUCUCUCACUCACCCAAAGCUGGUUUCACACUGUAAAAAAAGUGAGGGGCGGCCUGUGCUCCAGUCAUGACCUCUGGGAAUGGGAACACUACCAGCAGCCAACAAAAUGGAGAGAGCAAACCAUCCCAGGCCUUAGUCAGGUCCGACAUCCUCACCCAUCUUAUAGAAGGCUUUGUUAUCCAGGAAGGUGCCGACCCUUUUCCUGUAGAACGUCCAUCUUUCUCAAUUGACAGCCUAUGGCGACUCACAGCAGACUCAAAGAUGAACGGCCUCUCACCAAAUGAGUUGAAGAACCAGCAGGAGCCCAUGCUGACCUGUGAGCUGUGCGGCAGAGUGGACUUUGCCUCCAUCUUCAAAAGGUCAAAGAGGUUCUGCUCUACAGUGUGUGCCAAACGCUACAACGUGGGCUGCACAAAGAGAAUGGGUCUCUUCCCAAACCGUAAAAGCACCCUGGAGAACAUGAAGAAACAAAGAGUCAUGAAUGGAAACCACAGAAACUCCAAUUUAGACACGAAAAAGGCUUUUAAUUUUGAUCUCUGUGUACAGAAGCCUGCUGCUCCUGCUCCUGCUGCUCUGUCCACCGGUCACUCUGUCCACCCAGCACAGGGCGAGUCCAGCCAAUGUUCCGAUUUACCAAGCUUCGUAAACACUCCGACAACCCAGCGUUUGCCUUCGGUGCCGGACUCGGAGCUUCCCCUGCUGCCUCACACCUUCCUGCCCAGCGAUCCUGGUCAGUGGAACAUCACGGACGUCUACGAGUUCAUCUCCUCUCUGCCAGGUUGUCUGGAGAUCGCAGAGGAGUUCCGCUCUCAGGAGAUCGACGGACAGGCGCUGCUGCUGCUGAAGGAGGAUCAUCUCAUGGGAACCAUGAACAUCAAACUGGGCCCUGCACUCAAGGUCUUUGCCCAUAUCAGCAUGCUCAAAGACUCAUAGCCCAUCACACACACACACACACACAGCUCACAAAGGCAGCUCUGGACAAAUGUGAACUGAAUGAGAAGAGUUCAGGUACUGGGCCACAGGUGUUUGAUAUUGGAUGUUUUUCUUUGACGUCAGUGGGGACUUUUUGACUCACUGUUUACACUGAUAACUUUUUUGUUUUUUUAAAUAAAGUAUUACUGCAACAUGGCUUCAUGCAGGAGGCAUUUACAGUCAGCACAGGAGAAUUUCUGCCCGUAUUUUCUAACUCUGGACAGUUCAGUCGCUGGAUUGUUUAUAAAAUGAGUUAAAAUGAAAGUUCAAACUCACAGGUUGGAUUAUUUUACCUCCUAAAAUGGCAAAAAAAAAAAAAAAUCCUUACCAGAGUGGCCUGUUGACCCCUGACACAGCCCUGUACUGCUCCAUGUAAACAGGCUGUUCCACUUGUUUCAGACCAGUCACAUCUCAGCCUCCAGUCUUUGUGAUAAGCUCGACUAAAGAUGUCUCCACUGUCCACAGAGAUGAAGUCCAGGAGGAGGCUGGUUUAACUCCUGACUGCGAAAGACAGGGUCUCUCAAUCCUGGUCCUGGGGAUCCACUCUCCUGCGUGUUUUAUUAGUUUCCUUGCUCCAACACAGCUGAUUCAAAUAAAUGGCUCUUUAUCAGGCUUCUGCAGAGCUUGCUGAUGAGCUGACCAUUUGAAUCAGGUGUGUUAGAGCAUGGAAACAUCUCAAGCACCAGGAUUGAGAAACCCUGGCUUCAGGUCUUUUUAUGCUUUUUGUUUUGUGUCUGCAGAGACUUUUGUAUUUGUUCUGAUUCCCACAGUUCCAUUCAUGUUAUAAUGUGGACCCACACUGGUCUGGUAUUCCACGCAAUCCUACCUAGUCCACUUUUGUCGUCUGCAUAGACAUCCACGUGGACUCUAGUGCAGGGUUUCUCAUUCCUGGUCCUGGGGACCCACUGCCCUGCAUGUUUCCCUGUUCCAAGCUCAUCAGCAAGCACUGCAGAAACCUGAUAAUGAUCCAUUUAUGUGAAUCAGGUGUGUUGGAGCAAGGACACCUCUAAAACAUGCAGGGCAGUGGGUCUCCAGGACCAGGAUUGAGAAACCCUGUCCUAGUGGAUGACAACAUUUAAGCCGCACGAACCCCAGUGGAUGCUGUACACGGUGACAUAGUUCACAUGUUGCCGAACUGAAAAGUUGAACAUUUCUUAACUUCAGCUGAGAGCAAAGUGAAGCAAUAGGACCCACAAUGCACAAUUUUAAAUGUGACUUACAAAUACUGUAUAUCCACUCAAAAACACAAAAUUACGACAACUCCGACACAUGUGAAAUGUAACGUAAUCCACUGCUACUGUGUUGAAUCAACAUUAUGAUCUUGUUUUAAAGUGUUUUCCAAACCUUUUGCAUGGCGGCGAUGAGCCAACGCGACCCAAUUCUCUGCAUGAAAAGUGGAAAAGUUAUAUUCUGUUCCUGACUUUUCUGUUUCGCUCAAGAAAAAUUUUUUUUUUUUGGAGUGACUGUUGUUGAAUCACUGUUUUUAGUUUGACGGGACACUGUUUCUACAAUUUUUACUUGAAACCUGAGUUUGUUUGUUCUUGCAUUUUCUCCUGUUUUCAUUUAACAAAGCCAUUUGAAUUCAUGCCCUACAGCUACAGCUCUGCAUCAGACAACAUGAGGUCGAGUCUAUGCACACGAGAAGUUAAAGGCUGCCAUUAAGUGCCUACAGUGACAUGUUGAUGCAGGCGUGCUUGAAUCAACAACAAACAGCUGCGUGUAUAGUCUGUAUUACAUUUCAUGAUACUUGUACCAAAGUCGAGUGACUGUUGAGUUACUGUUGAACUGCUGUCACUAGAGAAGUGUUGAUGUAGCCAUUUGUAAGCCACGGUGACGCUGUAGUGGUGUCUGACCACACACGAUGCUUGAAAAGUUGUUUUCCAGUGUUUUAGAUCUGUAUGUUAUUAGUCACGAAAAAGCUCAGACACGUUUCACUGUAGGGAAAAGUUAAAUGAAGUUGCUCAUCUGCUGUUCUAUCCCUUUGUGAGCAGAGGUGUCGUCGUCGUUAUUGUGACAUCAUAACUUCAUAAACGGCAUCUAAAAGAAUCUGUGUAGCAGACAGUUGGCAGGGUUAGUGAUGGACACUGUUUCUGUCGUUAAAGUUUAUUCAUAUUUGUCUUUGUUUUUUUCUACAGAAAUCCUGAUUUUUCAAAAAAUAAAAGUGCUAGGUAAAACUCAAA